GCGAGAGGGAAGGCGGAGCUGGCCAGAUCGCAGCCCGGGGAGGGAGCGGACAGAGGGAUCGGGCCGGUGGUGAAACCCUGGGGGCUGCCAGUUCCUUGUCAUCCCCAUCUCCAAGGGCCCCCCAACGGGCUGAGGACCCUGGGAAGCAGGAGACUGUGUUACCGUUGCACUAUCAGGAUUGUGAUCCCUCCAGGGAGAGGGGGAGUGACCCCCCCCCAUGUCCUCCCCUCCCUCCCAGACACCUGGGGGAGCGAUGGCGGGCUACAGUCACCCCUUGCUCCUGGCCGUGGCCCUGCAGUCCCUGUUACAGCUGGCCCUGGGCCAAGUCACGAAUGGGAGCACCGCGACACCCACACCCGCAUCGGGGCUCACGGAGUCGGAGCGGCUGGCAGCCAUCAUUGUCCCCUCCCUGGUCGGGGGUCUCCUGCUUAUUGGACUUGUGAUCUUCGGGGCGCUCAAGGUGCGGGAGAGGCGGCAGACGGAGGGCACCUACCGGCCCAGCAACGAGGAGCAGGUGGGUGCUCGGGUGGUGACGAACACUAACCUCCAACUGCCCCCCGAGGAGCGGCUGAUCUGACCCUGGGGGAGGGGGGGGUCACACACACACCCCCUCCCCGGACUGGCAGACUCUGUCCCGACUGGAUACUGCGGUUCCAGAGCCGGCCGCACACCUGGGGGCGGCUCCUUGCUCUCUGCUGGCCGGAAGGAGCCGACGUCUUCGUCGCUGGAUGCAGGAUUUCCACCUGCGCCCCCCUGCUGCGGGCGGGAGGGUGCCGCCCAGCCAGGGCGGACACGGGGCAGCUCGCCCGCGAGCCUGCUGGCCAUGCUGCUGCUCCGCAACAUCGCCUCCUGGUGGCAGAAGCGGUGGGAGCCUCUGCUGCUGGGCUGGAAGAUUGGCGGAGCGCUCAACCUCGUGCCUCUUUCCACCUGGUUGGAUUACUUGAUCCUCCCGCCCCGUCUGUGUCUCUCACUUGUCCUGUGACCUCCCCUACCUCUGUCUGUUCUGGGGCAGGCUGUGUGUAAGCUGCCCAGCUCACCAAGCCAGCCUCAGCUUGCAGAUGGGGAGUGACUCUACGUUGGCACCUGGGCUGGUGAAAGUAAGGCUGGCCUGGCAGCGAAGGAAGGGGAAGCUGUAAACCCCUGCUCUAGCCUCCAGGGAAGGUUUUGGCCUUAACCGUCGUGCCUCUGUUUCCCCAUCUAUCACCCCCACACCAUCCCCCCACUCACCCUGGUGCUCUUAUGGUUACAAAACCUGCAGGCUUGUUGGAUGCAUGUGGAAGGUGCCACAUCACUCCGUAGUGGCUGGUGAAUGCACAGGAUAAUAGCCUCCUGCUGCUGUCAGCUGAUGGAGCUGCUCCUUGGGCUGGGGGGCUGAAGGUACUGGACUCAAACCUGGGCCGCUGAUGGGGUCAUUUCUUGUGGUGCGGGGGAGGCGUGAAAUAAUUAAAAAAGCAACUCGGCAGCCUCCUUUGCUGUCCUGUCUAGGGGGAUGGGACCAAACUACACCCACUUUACCGGUCCAGUCUCUUUGUCCUCUGGGGCGGCUGUGUUUUGUCUCUCCUUUAAACCAAGACUUGCUGGGAGACUUUUCCCCAUGUGCAGCACCCCCCCCCCCAGCCCCCCAGCAAGUUCAGUGGCUUUUCUCCCAAGCCGCAGUGUCCCACAGCACAACCCCGCCCCAUUGCUGCUCCCCCAGCCAGCACCUGGGCCAAGGUCAUUUCCCUGCAUGGGGCAGCCUAGGGCACAGCACCCAGGUGUCCCCUCCUCGGCGAGGCUCGAGCAGGAGCACCCAUCCCCCUGCCUGAGGCUUCCAUACCGAGCUGCAGUAGAAGCAGCGUGUGGGCUGAUUUCUUCGCCCCCUUAGUCACUUGUACCAGCCACGGUUCCUGAGCCUCUGGCGUGGCCUGUGGGUUGGUGGAUCUUUAACUCCAAGAGCUUUUCUCCCACCAGUGCCUUGGCCAUUUGAGUUAUGCGGAACACACACAAUCCAUAGGUUUUAAAUAGGCCGGCCCAUGGCGCUGGCUUUGCCUUUAUGCCACCUGGGGGUUGUCCCAUGAACAUCUCAGCUUCUCUUGACUCUAACAAACUUUGAUAACGUGGCAGCAAAUUCCCCAGGCUUCCAAGGGAGGAAGAUGCAGGGGAGCUGUUUGCCCAGCGGGCCAUCCAGCAUCAGGGGUUGCUGGGAACCCAGCUCCGCAGCCAACUGCUUGGAUCAUCUUUACGGCCCCUGGUCGGUGCUUCCUCGCUGUACCCCGUGUCUUGGCUCUGUCUCCUGGCGCCUCCGGGGCACGCUAACCUUGCUCAGUGGCCAGCUGAAAGCUUCCCUGCUCCCACAGCUGUCACCUGGUGCUGCACGUUCUCCGCUCAGUCACCUCUUCUCUCCUUUCAGUCCUCCCGGGAAGACCCGAAAUUAACCGAGCUGUGAGAGCCAGGAGCAAAGGUCACCAGAGCUUGGCCCUUGCCCUUUGAAAGUGCCGGAGUUGGGAGCUCCCUGCCUCAUGCCCACCCACCGGUCAGUUCCUAGUCGUCCCCUCCCCACAGGGUCACGCUGCCCAGUUUUGCAUGGGCCAGUGGCCGCUUCUUACUACAACCUCCCUGUUCACCCAGCACGAGGGGGGGGGCUGGUCGCUGACUGGGGUUCCUGGGCCUUGUGAUGAUACAAAUAACUGCAGCAGGGCUGGGGCCCUGACAUGGGACCAGCUGCUCACAGCUCAGGGAGGGGUCCCCUUCCCCCCCCCCCAGUGCAGCUCUGCUCACAGCUCAGGGAGGGGUCCCCUCCCCCCGCCCAGUGCAGCUCCGCUCACAGCUCAGGGUGGGCCCCCUAGUGCAGCUCGUUCCCCACCGCCAGCCCUCAAACCUCUUCUUCAGCUGACACACCUCCAGCAGGGCUGGGAGCCAUGUAGGAUUUAGGCACCUCCAGCCCUUUGAGGAGCUGGGCCUCAGACCCAGGGGGUUUAGGUGCCCCAAGUUGCUAAUCUUACCCCUUCUCUGCACACAAAUAUGCAGCAAUUUAAUUGACCCCCCCAGCUCGAAAGGAGGCUGGUCGUGCCAGGAUGGCUCUGCCUCAGACCCGCUGGCUGAUCUUGGACGAGUCAUGUCACCUCUUGUGCCUCAGUUUCCCUAGCUGUGGAAGCCAGUCCUACAGAGCCCCGGAGGAGCGGGAGGCAGGGUUUCCUGCCCCACGGGGUGCUGCGGUGGCAGCUGUUUAAGCUGGGUUUAUACCACAGGGUGUUUUCCCUCCUCUGUGCAAAUACAACUUUUAUUUUUUUUGUAAAAUAAUUUGGGGAUCCAUUAAAAAAAUGGGGACCAUGCCUCCCCCCCCACCC